CCCGGUGGCACGUGUCUGCUAUAUAAAGGCGCUGCAUUACGCGAAAAGUGGGCAGACUCCGCAGCAUCAUUGAGCGAGGUUCAGGACCACUUUAGCAAUCAUGUCUGAUCUUUGUGUUGGAAUUAAUGGAUUCGGCCGCAUCGGGCGUCUGGUCCUCAGGGCCUGCCUGCAGAAGGGCAUCAAGGUCGCGGCCAUCAACGACCCCUUCAUUGACCUGCAGUACAUGGUCUACAUGUUCAAGUAUGACUCCACUCAUGGACGGUACAAGGGAGACGUGCGUAUGGAGGAUGGAAAGCUGAUUGUUGAUGGUCAGGCCAUCUCUGUGUUCCAGUGUAUGAAGCCUGCUGAGAUCCCAUGGGGUGAUGCUGGAGCCCUCUAUGUAGUCGAAUCUACCGGAGUCUUCCUCAGCAUUGAGAAGGCUUCAGCUCACAUCCAGGGCGGCGCUAAACGCGUGGUCGUGUCUGCUCCAUCACCCGACGCACCCAUGUUUGUGAUGGGGGUCAACGAGGACAAAUAUGACCCCUCCAGUAUGACCAUUGUCAGCAAUGCAUCCUGCACCACUAACUGCUUGGCUCCCCUGGCUAAAGUUAUUCAUGACAACUUUGGUAUUGAGGAGGCUCUCAUGACCACAGUCCACGCCUACACUGCUACACAGAAGACGGUGGAUGGCCCCUCUGCUAAGGCCUGGCGUGACGGACGCGGUGCACACCAGAACAUCAUCCCUGCUUCAACUGGUGCCGCCAAAGCUGUGGGCAAAGUAAUUCCUGAGCUCAACGGCAAGCUGACCGGCAUGGCGUUCCGUGUGCCAGUGGCUGACGUGUCCGUUGUUGACCUCACCUGCCGCCUAUCAAAGCCCGCUGCCUACAAUAGCAUCAAGGCAGCUGUCAAGAAGGCUGCUCAGGGACCAAUGAAAGGAAUUCUGGGAUACACAGAGGAUUCAGUGGUUUCUUCUGAUUUCAUUGGUGACACUCACUCUUCCAUCUUUGAUGCCGGUGCAGGCAUCUCUCUCAAUGACAACUUUGUCAAACUCAUCUCUUGGUAUGACAAUGAAUUUGGCUACAGCCACCGUGUUGCAGAUCUGUUAAUGUACAUGCACUCAAAGGAGUAACGUACAAGUUUUGUGACCACAGAACAGACCAUUCCUUCUUUUCUUCCUCCUUAUUUCAUAAGGGCGUGUCGCCAUAGCGACACCCCUUAGAGCUACUGUUCUCACCUAUGAGACCAGCUUGUCUCUGUAGCUGUUUGUGUGUACACGUGUUAGUUUAUUUUGACAGUAUUGUGUCGUCGUCACCCAACAGGCAUUGCUGUAGUUGUUUCCAUUCUGGGUGUAACCACAGUGUGUUGGUGUAAAGAGAAUUACUGUUACAAGAGGUCAAAGGCUACUGUAAUGCAGAGUAUAAGGAAACUAAUUAAACUGUUUGAAAAAAUGAAUGUGUUCUAG